AUGAAGAAUGCAAACCAGGGAAAGGAAGGAGAAGUAGGGAAUCGGGGUGUCUUUGAUGUGGUACUGGAACUUUGGAGAUGGGCUCGGCAAGCUGGGAAAAAGGUCCAGGGUCUUUCUGCGCAUGAGCAGCUGGACCGGCCUCUGACUUCUCCAGACCAGCUGGACUCGGCGAAGGGAUUCGAAUCCCCAAAGGCAGAAGCACUGUCUUCUACAUUCUUUCAAGAACGACAGGAAAUGAACAUAUCUCAGGCAUCAGUGUCAUUCAAGGAUGUGACUGUGGAAUUUACCCAGGAUGAGUGGAGGUUGAUGAGUUCUGCUCAAAGAACCCUGUACAGAGAAGUGAUGCUGGAGAACUAUAGCCAUCUCAUCUCAAUGGGAUACUGUUCUACAAAACCAGAGCUAAUCUUCGCUUUGGAACAAAAGGAUUUUAGAGAAAGCAUUUUAGAGAGAGAAUCUCUAAGUACCAUCCCCCCUGAAGACUUUCAACCUGAUGAACUCUCAGAGACUUCAGAAAACAAAAGCAAACAUUUGUGGCAAGUUUUAUUAACUAACAAAACAUUAAUUACAGAGCAAGAAAUGCCAGGAAAACUAUGUGAUCUGGACAUAAAUAUUUUUCCUGCAAAAAUUAAGCCCUAUAAAUUUGAAUCUAGAAGACUUACUUUUUUGUGUCUCAAUUCAAUGGACCCAUACUGUCAAUAUUCAAAAAAGAAAUCUCAUGAGCAUACUACAUGUGAGAAAUGGUUUUCAAAUGUCAAGGAUGAUAUAUCUAAUACUGAAGAGAAGUCUUUUCCCUAUAGUAAAAAUUUGAAUACCCUCAGUCAUGAAGUUACUCAAUAUCAGACAAUUCAGUCUUUGGAGCAAACUCUUGAAUAUAACAAAUGUAGGAAGACUCUCCUUGGGAACACUGCCCUUGUUACAGAUAUGAGUCCUCACACCAAAAUGACAUCUUAUAAAUUCAGUAGACUUAGGGAAGAUCAAUGUGAUAAAUUCACCGUUACAGUAUCUCAGGGCAAUAAUUUAGAAGAAAAGAGUCAUCAUGAAUUUCAUGAUUAUGAUUGUACUGAAAAUAGAAAUGAACUCAGUAGAAGCACUCAAGUAAUGGACACAGAAAGGCUAUCUUUAAGCCAAAAACCACACAUUAAAGAACACCAGAAAAGUUACAUAGGAUUAAAGCCUGUUAAUUAUUUGAGCCAUAAUUCCAUCCUCCCAGUGUGUCAAACAACUCAUACAAUGGAAACAUCUUCUGAUUAUAACACAUGUACAGAGUCAUUGGUUUACCAGUCAACUUACAAUUUAUAUAAGAGAAGUCACAUAAAGGUGAAAUCCUAUGAAAGUAGCAAAUGUGAAAAAUCCUGUUCUGUAAAUUCAUGCCCGACUCUUCCGCAUAAAAGCCACAUGGAUAAGAAAUCCUAUGAAUGCCAUGAAUGUGGGAAAGCAUUCAGUGAGAAGUCAUAUCUAAGAAAACAUCAGAUUAAUCACAUACAAGAGAAACCCUAUAAGUGUGAUGGGUGUGAAAAAGCAUUUAGUGCUAAGUCAAGCCUAAAAGUACAUCAUCAAACUCAUACCAAGAAGAAACACAUUGAAUGUAAUCAAUGUGGGAAAUCUUUCACCUAUAAGUCAGUCUUCAUAAUACAUCUGAGAAGCCACACGGGAGAGAAACCUUUUGAAUGCAGUGAUUGUGGGAAGUUUUUUGGCCACAUGUCAGGUCUCAGGAAUCAUCAGAAAAUUCACACAGGGGAAAGACCGUAUAAAUGUGAUAAAUGUGGAAAAUCUUUCAAAAUGAAGGUAGGUCUAAGAAAGCAUCAUAUAACUCAUACAGGAGAGAAGCCCUAUAAAUGUAAUCAAUGUGGCAAAGCUUUUGGUCAGAAAUCACAACUCAAAGGACACCAUAGAAUUCACACAGGGGAGAAACCUUAUAAAUGUAAUCAUUGUGGAGACUCAUUCAGGCAGAAAUCAAACCUCAGAGUACAUUACAGAACUCACACUGGGGAGAAACCAUAUAAGUGUGAUGUGUGUGGAAAAACUUUCAGACAGACAUCAAAUCUUGUAGGACAUCAGAGAAUUCACACAGGGGAGAAACCCUUUGAAUGCAACGAAUGUGGGAAAGCUUUUGGUGACAAAUCAGGCCUAAGAAAUCAUCAGAGAAUUCACACAGGAGAGAAACCCUAUAAUUGUAAUCACUGUGGAGAAGCUUUUAACCGGCAGUCAAACCUCAGAGUACAUCAGAGAAUUCACACAGGGGAAAAACCCUAUAAAUGUGACCCAUGUGGGAAAACGUUCAGCCAGAAAUCAAGUCUUAAAGAGCACCAGAAGGCCCACAUAGGGAGUUAAAUAUUUAUGUGUAACGAAUACGGAAAAACAUUGAACUAGAGGCCAGGUGGUAGUGCACCUGGUUGGGACCCCAUUCAAGCCCCUGGUACCCACCUGACAGAGGAAAGCUUCACAAGUGGUGAAGUAGGGCUUCAGGUCUCUCUCUGUCUCUCUGUCUCUUUCCCUCUCUGCCUCAUCCUUUCUCAAUUUCUCUCUGUCUCUAUCCAAUGAUAAAUAAAUAAAUUUGAAAGUGAAAAAAAAAAACCAAAACACUGAACUAGAAAUCAAACAGAUGUUAUAGAAAUAAAUAAUGUGAGAUAUCCUCUACACUAAAUUCUCAGAUUCACACUCCAAAUUCUUCUUAGUAUGUAACAAAAAUGUAUAUAUUUUGUGGCUAUAACCAAAACUUAUCACAAAGUAAACUGAAAAUAUAAUGAAUGUGUGAUAACUACAAACCAAAAACUUCUUUCUCAGUACAACAAAAAAAUAUGUAAUGGGCAGAGAGACCUGGUGAUAUAUCAAAACAGACAAAAAAAAAAGAAGAA